AUGGCCGAGCUCUAUCCAUCACUAACGCAAUGUGCCAUUGUGGCUGCAGCGUUCAAAAUUCUGUUAUUCCCGGCAUACAAGUCGACCGACUUUGAGGUACAUCGUAAUUGGCUGGCCAUCACGCACUCCCUCCCGGUCAAGGAGUGGUAUUUCGAGAAAACGUCGGAAUGGACCCUCGAUUACCCGCCCUUCUUUGCGGCCUUUGAGUGGCUGAUGUCGCAAGCUGCCGCAUGGGUUGAUCCAGCGAUGCUGGUGAUCAGCAACCUCAAUUACGCCUCGUGGCAAACUGUGUACUUUCAAAGGUCAACCGUGAUCUUGACAGAACUGGUCCUGGUCUAUGCACUGAGCAGGUUUAUAAAGACCUCCUCUUUGAUGAGGAAGCCAGCAGCACACGUUGCAAGUCUCUCCAUCCUUCUGUCCCCCGGCCUUCUGAUUAUCGACCAUAUCCACUUCCAGUACAAUGGCUUCAUGUACGGCAUUCUCAUCCUGUCGCUUGUACUGGCUCGCAAGCAGCUCCUUGCGAGUGGAUUCCUAUUCGCCAUCGUGCUUUGCUUCAAACACAUCUAUCUAUACCUCUCUUUGGCCUACUUCGUCUACCUCCUCCGUGCCUAUUGCCUGGACCCAAAGAAUGUUUGGCGCCCGCAGAUUGUCAACACGUUUAAGCUGGGAAUUUGUGUCAUUGGGGUUUUUGGGGUGGCAUUUGGGCCAUUCGCCGAUCACCUGCUGCAACUCAGGGAACGGCUUUUCCCGUUUUCAAGAGGGCUAUGCCACGCAUACUGGGCGCCGAACUUCUGGGCUAUCUACUCGUUCAUCGAUCGUGUUUUGAUCUCAGUUGCCCCUCGUCUCGGUCUUUCCAUCAACCAGGAGGCCCUUAACAGCGUGACCCGAGGUUUGGUUGGGGAUACCUCUUUCGCGAUUCUGCCGGAGAUCACCAAGGAGAUGACAUUUGCUCUGACUUUGGUCUUUCAACUGAUUCCCUUGAUGAAGCUCUGGCGUCGUCCGGAUUGGGAUACCUUUAUCGGCGCUAUCACCCUGUGUGGAUAUGCCUCGUUCCUUUUUGGCUGGCAUGUUCAUGAGAAAGCCGUCCUUCUGAUCAUCAUCCCUUUCAGCCUGAUUGCUCUCAAAGAUCGAAGGCACUUCUCCGCGUUUCGCCCACUCGCAGUAGCAGGGCAUGUCUCACUCUUCCCCUUGUUGUUCACAUCUGCCGAGUUCCCUCUCAAGACGGUCUACACCGUCUUUUGGCUGAUUUUGUUCCUUUUCGUGUUCGACCGUAUGGCGCCAGUCCCAGAGCGGCCCCGAGUUUUUCUCUUCGACCGCUUUUCUCUGCUUUAUCUGACCUUGUCUAUUCCUCUUGUUCUCUACUGUUCUGUUCUUCAUAGGCUGGUUUUUGGCUCCCAGCGCUUGCAGUUCCUUCCCUUGAUGUUCAUGAGCAGUUAUUCUGCCCUAGGAGUUGUGGGUAGCUGGGUUGGAUUUAUGGUUGUGUAUUUCACAACAUGA